GUCGCCCAAGGUUGGAAUAGAACCUGGGUCCCUGGCAUAGUGAGGCAUCAGUGCUAACCACUGAGUCACCGUGCUGAUCUAAUCUGAUGACUGAGGAGCUUUGCCACUGCUGCCAGUCCGAAACUCCAGGAGGACGUCCUAUCACCGCUACCAUCACUGCCUCCAAUUGCCAUGAGGACCCUCUCUGUCACCACCUCCUGACACCCUUUCCGUACGUGACAUGCUGUAGCUACCAUCCCAGUUUAGCCAUAAAAGGCUCCAAAGAAGUGAAAAAUGAAAGAAAAAUAAAAGUGGAAAAAAGAAAAAAAAAAUCAAAAGCACAAGUGAAUGGAUGAGCCCCAGGCAACAGCAACUAUCAGCCCUGCUACUCAGACAAUAAACUCCAUCAGCCCUGCUACUCAGACAAUGACCCCCAUCAGCCCUGCUACUCAGACAAUAGCCCCCAUCAGCCCUGCUACUCAGACAAUAGACCCCAUCAGCCCUGCCACUCAGGCAAUAGGCCCCACCAGCCCUGCUACUCAGGCAAUAACCCCCAUCCGCCCUGCUACUCAAGCACUAACCCCCUUCAGCCCUGCUACUCAAGCACUAACCCCCUUCAGCCCUGCUACUCAAGCACUAACCCCCUUCAGCCCUGCUACUCAAGCACUAACCCCCUUCAGCCCUGCUACUCAAGCACUAACCCCCUUCAGCCCUGCUACUCAAGCACUAACCCCCUUCAGCCCUGCUACUCAAGCACUAACCCCCUUCAGCCCUGCUACUCAAGCACUAACCCCCUUCAGCCCUGCUACUCAAGCACUAACCCCCUUCAGCCCUGCUACUCAAGCACUAACCCCCUUCAGCCCUGCUACUCAAGCACUAACCCCCUUCAGCCCUGCUACUCAAGCACUAACCCCCUUCAGCCCUGCUACUCAAGCACUAACCCCCUUCAGCCCUGCUACUCAAGCACUAACCCCCUUCAGCCCUGCUACUCAAGCACUAACCCCCUUCAGCCCUGCUACUCAAGCACUAACCCCCUUCAGCCCUGCUACUCUGCACCAUCAUUAUUCUCUUUACAUAGAACAUUACAGCACAGUACAGGCCCUUUGACCCUCGAUGUUGUGAAACCAAUCCGAAGCCCAUCGAA